AUGGCCUUCCUCGAAGACCCCCGGCUCCGCCAGCGCUGGAAUCAGAUCUCACACAACGCCGAAGGCGUAGCUGAAAAUGCUGCCGCUGGAAUAUGGUCAUUUCAACACCGCUACAUCGAACCAUGUUUCGCAGGUGUCAGCAAAUCGCUGGACGCGUGCACGGGCCUGUGUCUCGGCGGUGACAGCGAGGAGCGCGCGCGUCGGGCUCGCGAACGAGAGCGGGGCGCCCGUCGCUCUUCGGCAAGACCAGAGUUCAGCUUCGACUUUUAUGAUGACUGGGAUGAUGAUGAUGACGCCCUCGCCGGGUACAACUAUUACAGUGGAAUGGGAGGUUCCAGUUCCUCCGGGUAUGGAGAAGGGUCAUCGGCAGGCCGUUCAGGCGGCAUCCUCGGGGCUGAUUGGGAUAGGUUACUCGCGGGGACGGGAUCUGCGAGAAGGCACGGCGGCGGUGUUGCGUCGAUCGGGCAGAAUGGUGAGGUGCUGAACCAGCCGCGGCGUAAGAGGUCGAUGAGCUACGGCACCAGAGGCCAGCAGACAAGGCGGAAAAAGAGUGUGCAGGAGGACCCGACGAUAAUACCGAGCACUUCGACUUUCGGAUUCUUAGGCAGGCUGCCCUUCAAGAUUGGGGGUACUUUGCGAUACAAGCCAAGUGCAGCAAACCUACGAGACCACCCGGGAGCAGAUCGUCAAUCAGGGCCAGACGGCGAACAGGAACCAUUGUUGGGGGCGGCCGAUGAUGACAGCGAUUUCUAUGGGAACAGGGACGAUAUUCCAUCGAACCAUGCUAAGGAGAAUGGAUACGGGCGUUCAUCUAGGCAACACAGUCCACAACGGCCGGGCGACGAGAUAUACAAUCCUAAGACGAGGAAACGGAGCAACACGGCCGGCUCGGGAGCAACGUCGGAUUCAUAUAGGUCGCGGGGGGAUUUGUUUCCCAGUGACGGCGAGGGGGAAGAGGACGCGGUACCCCUUGACGACGAGUUCACGAUAGCGCUUGAUCGCGUCGAUGAUAGAAGCAGCGGCAAGACGCGAAUCAGUAGUAAGAAAGGAAAGAGACGCGCAGGCUCGAGCAUCAAGGCACAGGGUAUGUCACGCAGCGUUUCACGAACGACAAUAGCAUCCGAGAUGACGACCGCAUCGUCAUCAAACCACUCCCACGUAUCCCUUGUAUCGUCUCCGGUCCAACUGCAGAAGCGGCCAAGCUUUGGAUCUGUGGAGGCUCCGCUUGUAGAAGAAGAAGCGGUUCUGGUGGAAGAUCCAAUGACACAAUCACUCGAGGAUCUUCGUUACGAAGAGCAGAUGGCUGCGAGAGAAGAAGCCGAAGAUGUUGAGCUCAGGAGGAAGGCAGCAAAUCACUUAGCAGUCGAACGGGGCCUUGGUGCUCCUCCAGAAGUCAAGGCGUCCGGGAUAGGGAAGCAUGCAAGUUUCGACGAUAUUCCGGACCCCUCUGAUAUAUCUGGGUCUGGCGUCGCAAGUACAGUGAGUGAAGGGAGGUUGAAAGCGCAAAGGGAGGACCUCCUGCCAGCUCUGGUACAACCAAACGAAACAGACGGAUUUACUCCGGCGAAACUGCCCAACUUUCGAUGA